GCCUCGGAGCCCCCCAAAGCCUCGGAGCCCCCCAAAGCCGAGCCCGGGGCCGCUCGGGGCCCCACCCGCUGGGGCAUCUGCUCGGCCGGGGCCAUCAGCCACGACUUCGUGGUGGCCCUGAAGACCCUGCCCCCCACGGAGCACACGGUYGUGGCCGUGGCUGCCCGGGACUUGGGGCGCGCCCAGGGCUUUGCCCGGCGUUUUGGGGUGCCCCGAGCCUACGGAUCCUACGAGGAGCUGGCUGAGGAUCCCGACGUGGAUGUGGUGUACGUGGGUGUGGUGAACCCCUCCCAUCUGCCCACGGGGCUGCUGUUCCUGCGCCGGGGCCGGGCCGUGCUCAUGGAGAAGCCGAUGGCGCUCGGGGCCUGCGAGGUGGCCGAGCUGGUGGCCACCGCCCGGGAGCGCGGGGUCUUCCUCAUGGAGGGUUUCUGGACCCGAUUUUUCCCGGCCUGGCAGCGGCUCCGGACGAUGGCGGCCGAGGGGGCCCUGGGGUCCCCCCUGGUGCUGCGGGGGGAGCUCGGGUUCGCCCUGGGGGGGGUCCCGCGGCUGCGGGAGCCGGGGCUGGGCGGGGGGGUCCUGCUGGACCUGGGCGGGUACGGGCUGCAAAUGGCCCUGGCCCUGCUGGGGGGGGGCGGCCCCCCCAAAACCCUGCGGGCUCACGGCGUCCUGCACCCCACUGGUGUYGAUGAGUCGGUGAUAGUGACGAUGGAAUUCCCCGGGAAGGGCCUGGCCGCGCUCACUUUCUCCAUGGCUGCGGAGCUGCCCGGAGGGGCUGCCCUGGGGGGGCCCCACGGCUGGGCCGAGUUCCCCAGCCACAUGAACUGCCCCAUCGAGCUGCUCUGGAAGGGUCGCCGCGAGUUCUUCCCGCUGCCCCCGCCCUCGGAGCCCCUCAACUUCCCCCACAGCACCGGGCUCCGCUACGAGGCCCAGCACGUCCGCGAGUGUCUCCUGCAGGGACUGACCGAGAGCCCGGUGAUGCCCCUGGCCGAGAGCGAAAUCAUCGCACGGCUGCUGGAUGAGGCCCGGGAGCAGGUGGGGGUGGGACCCCCCCGAGUGACCACCGAC